AUGUCAUUAGGGUUGUACAAGGUGGAACUCGAUCACGUCCUUCAAGGCAAUGAACUUCUCAUACACGAGACUAUUGUCAACGAGAAUCCUGUGCCUUUUGAUGGUGAGCUGAAGAUCGUCGGAGAGACUGACGACGUGGUCGCUGUAGACAAGCCCUCCGGGAUGCCGGUACACUCAGGCGGCGGUCACAGAGUGAAUUGCUUGUCGGCUAUUCUCAAAGAGCAAGAUCCUUCGAGGUUCUCUCUUGCCAUUCACACUCUCCACCGCUUGGACCGCUUAACGUCGGGCAUUGUUAUACUAGGGAAGAAUCCAGACGUGGCUCGAGCCUUCAGUGAAGCCUUCAAAAAGCAUGAUCAAGAAAUACAGAAAUGCUACUUAGCCAGGGUGAAGGGAAAAUUCGAAGGCUCCAAUGUCGUCGUCGAGGGGUUCAUGCGCUGCGUUGACUUCAGAGUUGGAAAGUUCAUUCUUGUCAACUCUAAUAAAGGAACAGCAUCUGAAGACGCAAACCAGGGUGAUGCUCCGACGUCCACGCCCUCCGGGGAUGACAAAAGCGCCGUUGAGGAGGAUCAUAUCGAGGAUAAAUGGAGCCAAACAAGUUUCGAUAAGGUGUGGUAUGAUGAACAGAACGAUGAGACUAUCAUCAAAUGUUACCCCAAGACCGGCAGAACCCAUCAGAUCAGGGUCCAUCUCGAGUCCAUCGGCCAUCCCAUCGCCAACGAUAGCUGCUACGGUGGAGAGUACAAGGCUGAUCAUCCCUUCGCAUUCCCAUUGGCGCCCCAUGCCAAUAAUGUUCCUCCGAAGGAAGGUUCAUCCUACUCCCAUAUAACUGGUAUUUGGCUCCACGCUCUCUCUUACAAAGUGCCGAGUAAGAACCUGGACUUUACCAGUGAGUGGCCCAAAUGGGCGAUUGAGCCGACUCAGCAGUCGUGA